AUGGCUGAGAACCAUGCAGAUAUCAUGGGCUCGAGGCCACAUUACUGGCUCGAACUACUGGGAACAGUCCAAGACUACCAGGACAAAGGCGCUGCUUCGCUGCUGAUCAACUGGGGCUUGCAACGCGCCGACGAGGAACGAGUCGAGUGCUACAUCGACUCGAGUCCGCAGGCGAUUUCCAUCUACGAGCGUUUUGGCUGGGUGGUGAAAAAGAGAUCCUGCAGGGUAGCAUCAGGAAUGACUACUACCUACCACGCUAAGCUCAAUAUCGUAAUGGACUCGACUCAGCUUAGACAACGUGAUGUACGCGUGGAUGAAGAUGUUGGGCAGUGA